AUGUUAAUACUCGAGAUCGAUCAUAAUAAUGCUCAAGCCCAGGCGGCGAACUCUCUCGGUUUCCACGUCGCCAGGCUCGAAAAUUCUAAUGCCCGCUGGUCUGUGCCAUUUCGAGCUUUCAUUGCGCGCACAUCACCUUCAAUAUGGCCUCAAUUACAAGGGUUUGGAAUACAAGACGUCUCAACCACGAUUAAGAAGAUUGGGGCUAAUACUACUUGUCUACAACCCACCAGAAAACCUUGGUACACCAUCCCCGCCAUCGUCGACGAUGCCGUUGGUGUCGCAUUGCCCGAAUCCGCCGAAAUUGCCGAGUAUCUCGACACAUCUCGGAUUAUUCCUGAGGGUACUCAUACACUCCAAGCUGCACUUUGCGAUGCGUUUCGACCAAAGCAAGCAGAUCAUCGCCUAUUCCUCGUGCCCAUCACUAUGUUGGUGUCUAGUGCUGCGUUUUUCCGUUCCAAAUACAAGGCUAUCUUCGGAAACGCUUGA